CACGUGCAAUGGACUAAAAAGAAACAAAUACAGUGACCCUAAUCACUCUUGCAGUCACCACCACUCUCCGUCUCUUUGGUGCUCUAUUUCUCCUCUCUCUCUGGCCAAUACAAGAAGCUUGUCCGAAAGAGUCUUUGAUUGGUCGUUACUCUCCUCUGUCGGUUUUAAUUCGUCGACUUAUCUCCGUUCGAGGUUGUUACAGAAGAGUAGAAUGGCGGGGUGUGCAAUGAAUUGUCAGUUCUCGAGUGCCGUGAAGCUACGAAACGACGUCGCUUCGUUGAGGAUUCGCAGUCGAGACUUUGCGUUUGGUGGUUCGGUUAAGGAACUGAAAGUCCCUGUUUUGAGGAUUAAUAAGAAGCAAAGGUCGAGGCUUUUGAUGGUUAACAUGUCUCACUCUAACGUUGAGCCGUUAUCUAGUGUUGCUGACUCUACUGAACCAACGGAAGAAGAAGGUGGUAGCAUCUUAGGUAAAGGCGACAAUGCUGGAAGCUUAGGAACUGAUGAACCGGCGAAGCUUGUAAGUGAUGGUGGUGGUGGUGGCGGUGGUAAUGGUGGGUUAAACAACGGUGGUGGAGGAGGAGGUGAUGACGGUGGAGAGGAUUAUGAAGAGAAAGAGUUUGGACCGCUUUUGAAAUUUGAAGAGGUGAUGAGAGAGACGGAAGCUAGAGGAGCCACGCUUCCUUCUGAUAUGUUGGAGGCUGCUAAGACCUUUGGGAUACGCAAGUUGAUUCUCCUUAGGUACUUGGACUUGCAGAGUUCAGCUGGUCUGCUUGGGUUUGCUAUAAGAUCAUGGUCAAUGCUUCGCAACAGAAUGUUGGCUGAUCCUUCUUUCCUCUUCAAAAUAGGGACUGAGAUAGUCAUUGACUCUUGUUGUGCCACUGUUGCUGAAGUUCAAAAGAGAGGCAAAGAUUUCUGGGCUGAGUUUGAGUUGUAUGUUGCUGAUCUUCUCGUUGGAGUUGUGGUUAACGUUGCUCUUGUCGGUAUGUUGGCGCCUUUUGUCCGUUUUGGCCAGCCAUCUGCGUCCAGUGGCUUCUUAGGACCCAUGCUUAAUGCUUAUAAUGCGCUUCCUAGCAGCGUGUUUGAAGCUGAGAGACCAGGAUGUAGUUUCUCUGCUCAACAGAGACUUGCUACGUACUUCUACAAGGGUAUAAUGUAUGGUGCAGUUGGGUUUGGAUGUGGCAUUGUAGGUCAAGGCAUUGCCAAUCUCAUCAUGACUGCUAAACGGAGCAUAAAUAAAUCAGAAGAAGACAUCCCAGUACCACCUCUCAUCAAGAGUGCAGCUCUCUGGGGUGUAUUCUUGAGUGUUUCUUCGAAUACUCGUUAUCAGAUCAUCAAUGGUCUAGAGAGAGUGGUUGAAGCAUCGCCUUUCGCCAAGAAAGUGCCUCCUGUGGCUUUGGCGUUUACUGUUGGUGUAAGGUUUGCUAAUAACAUCUACGGUGGGAUGCAGUUUGUGGAUUGGGCGAGAUUGAGCGGUUGCCAGUGA